AUGGAAGGCACCAAACUUCUAGAAGAGGAUAGAUCCAGCUUUUCCAACACGGAAUCAAUCUCUGUCGAGUCCAAGGAUGCCGAGCAGGAACUCUUUGCGAGAGCCAGAUCAUACCUCAACUUGGGACGUUGCUAUCGCAUUUUCACGUUCCUUUUUGCUGAGCGUAAACUAGUUGUGUUCUUCUGGGUUCACUUCAUGUGUACCAUGAUUAUCUGGACACAUUUUGCGCUCACAAAGUUCCAAGAACAGGAAGACACCGUCCCAGAGGGCGCUCCUCGGUACUGGUGGAAACGCCUUGUCCCCCCUCUUGAGUUUGGUUCGAUGCAUGCCAUCCUCUUUCAGAUGGCGCUUAUCCCAUUAACCAUGUCAAGAUACAGCAUAUCUGCUUUAUCCGGGUCGUUUGUCAACAGGUUUAUCCCGCUUAAUCGUUCGGUCCGGAUUCACAUUCAUCUUGGGUACACUAUGGUUGGCAUUGUCUUCCUUGCGACUGUGUUCUUCUUUGCCUUCUUUGGGCUACUAUGUUCCGACGGAGACCAGAAGUUCUGCUCCAAGUUCACAGACGAGAUCAUGAUCACCGGCUAUGUCAUUCUUGGAAUGCUCCUCAUCAUUGGCGGCACUUCCUAUUUCCGGCAUUAUAUUCCGUACGAAGUCUUCUACGGGAUCCAUCAUCUUGUCUUCAUUCUAUACUUUCUAACGGUGGCACAUACACUUGAUGUUGUGCAGAGAAACAAGGCGAGGCAGAGAAGCCAAACGUUCAAGUGGUUUUCGGCAACCCUGCUGUUCUACUUUUGCGAUCGUGCUGCUAUGCACCUAAACCAUAAGUAUAAGGCUCGGCUCGUCGCCUCAUCUGUUGUCACGGGAAGAAAGGAUAGUGGCAAGAUGAUCAUCCUCCGCCUUCGACGUCCAGCUUUGUUCAACUUCAAGCCAGGACAAUCCGCUUUCUUAAGGUUGAAAGACAUUGAUAUUCAUUGGCAUCCAUUUUCUGUGGCAUCCUCCCCCGCAUCAGAAUUCCUGGAGUUCUACAUCGAAGUCUACAAAGACAGGUCGUGGACGAACAAGCUAUGGGAGAUCCUACAGGAAGAAAACGAGAUAGCUCAAGAGGCACGGCAGAUCGAGUUCGAGGUCAUGGGGCCUUACGGCACAGGUCUAGCCAAGACAUCAGACUACUCCCAUGCACUGGCAAUCGGCUCUGGAACAGGAAUAGUUCCUAUCUUGUCCUUGUUCAAGCAGCAUGUCCGUCAGCUGCUGAAGCUGGACCCUGCCACCUACUUGCGUGUCCUGGAGGAACAGCAGGAUAAGAUGAUUCAGGUUCAAAGAGCACUUCAGCCCCGCAAAGGAUCCCUAGCGUCCAAGCUCUCACACCCUUGUAGUCAGCGUCAUCAGCAGGAGAAAGCAAGCUUGUCAGACUCCAUCCGCGAUGUGUUUGCAAAGCAUUCAGAGCUCAGGCGAUGGGGAGAACUUCGUCGAAACAUGAAAGACAUCAGGAAAAAGACAUCGGAAGCCACCCGCUCCAUAUACUGCACUGUGAUUCUGUCCAUCAUGCCUGUCUUUGGUGUGUCCCUCCUCGGGUUGACAAUAAGUUGGAACACUGUCAAUUUCGAUCUCCGCUUUGGCAUGAUCGAGACGCUGGAAGCCUUGACUGCGUUGUUUCAGUUGCUCUUUGCCUUGGUGGCAAUCUUCAUUUGGGACUCCAACCACAUCUUUGCCUAUGUUGAUACUGUCCUCUGUGUUGUGAGCCCCUUUGCAGAUUGGUACUGGUUCUUGGUUUACAGUGAGAAUGGAACGCUCAGCGCCACCGAAAUCCUUCUGUACUGUCUACUGACUGGCUACAUGACUGUUCGUCUUUGGGACAUGACCGUGAAACCCCGCUACACGUCAUGGCGAACCUAUGCUGCCGACGAUGGUUUCAACGCGCUGGAGAAGCUGCACAUGGUGUGGGUGACAAGGUCUGCUUCUCUCGUGUCUCAAGUGCUUCCUGAUGUGGAUCAGAUUUGGAGAAAGCUGGUUUCGCAAUGGGGUGAAGAGAAUGCGAGGACGGUGUGCCAGAUCUCAGUCUAUGUCACAGAGAAAGACACGGUUCAAUGCCAGCUUCUCAUGAACGAGCUUGCAGAAACAAGGCUGGGCGAGUUCAUUCAUUUCGAACGCCCAGACUUCGGGUCUCUCAUCGAAGAUCAUUCUCUGGAUUUGAUCAGCAGUCGCCCCAAGUCAACGUCCGUCCUCGCAUUUUGCGGGUCCCCAGAAUUAUCCGCAGAAAUCCAUCACGAGAAGAUUUCCAAUGACAUGCUUCUUGCAAUCACCGGUAGCAAGCAGCACCAGAUGGAGUUUGUCUCGGAGAGUUAUGGCGGUAGCAAGCCUAACAAGGCCACUACUAGCAGCGUUCAGAAGGCCUUUGAUACAGCGCAGACUGAGCUUCGUCUGAACACGUCUUAUUCAUCUAUGGGUUACGCAGUGGAUUACUUGUUCGACUCUGAAUUGUCGACCAAUGCGCACGAACCCACCAUGAGACUGUCGACAAAGACGACGGUAGGUACAAGUAGUUCAGGUUCCAGCAAUUCGAGGCGUCGCUUCCUGACAAAGCGAGAGACAAUUGCAUUCACCGAAGUUCCCAUGGAAAUUGAAAUCUAA